AUGUUGUCCCCGGCACAAGAAGUGGUCAGUUACCUGAUCAAUUCUGCGGUUGGGUUGACUUCCACAUCACGGAGACAAUUUCAAACAAGCUUUCGAGACGCGCCACGUGGAGAGCCGGAUACUCUGCUAUGUAUUUGCAUCAAAUGGUUUUUCAAGAAUGGAGAUUUCUCAGACUUCUACGAGGAUAUCAAGCAAAUGGUUAAAGGAAAAUCUCUCGCUGGUUUCGUGGAUAGUCAUUUGAUGGUGUGCCCUGAGAUUAUUCGACUGAUUGUGGAGAAUGCUGACAAUAAAUCUCGGAAAAACAAAAUCUCAAUCAAAAGGGACGAGUUUUCCAUUUGUGUCGGAAGAGGACGACUAAUUUCAUUUCCAUACACUGAAGACAUGGAGGAGCCGGCGGCGAUUCUAGCGGAGUACACAAGACUGUUGUUUUCGUUUCAACGAUAUGAUAUCGAAUUCGCUUUUGAAGAUCACUUGAACUCUUUCGAGUUGGACCAGGGACCAGGGAUGAUACCAACUUUGUUGAAACCUAAAGUUGAUUGUUUUCGUAAUGAAAAUAUCAUAAAUCGAUUUCAAUUAAUCUCGGGUACGGAGGAAAUUCCAAUGUUGUCCCCGGCACAAGAAGUGGUCAGUUACCUGAUCAAUUCUGCGGUUGGGUUGACUUCCACAUCACGGAGACAAUUUCAAACAAGCUUUCGAGACGCGCCACGUGGAGAGCCGGAUACUCUGCUAUGUAUUUGCAUCAAAUGGUUUUUCAAGAAUGGAGAUUUCUCAGACUUCUACGAGGAUAUCAAGCAAAUGGUUAAAGGAAAAUCUCUCGCUGGUUUCGUGGAUAGUCAUUUGAUGGUGUGCCCUGAGAUUAUUCGACUGAUUGUGGAGAAUGCUGACAAUAAAUCUCGGAAAAACAAAAUCUCAAUCAAAAGGGACGAGUUUUCCAUUUGUGUCGGAAGAGGACGACUAAUUUCAUUUCCAUACACUGAAGACAUGGAGGAGCCGGCGGCGAUUCUAGCGGAGUACACAAGACUGUUGUUUUCGUUUCAACGAUAUGAUAUCGAAUUCGCUUUUGAAGGCAACUUCGGUCUCAAUCGAAAUAUGGAUUUGGGUCAACCACAAAUCAAACUUCUCAGCAAACUCACCCCGGAGGACUUUGCCGAAAAAGGAAGAGUGAACCUGAGACGGGAACGGGUAGGACGAUUGUCCUUGCGAAUGAGUCGAAUCUCCUGGAACAGAAGUGGGGUUUAUUUCAACGCCAUCAUACAAUUCUUUGAAAACCUUCGAGCAACCGUAGUCAUACAAGGAGAGCAUCCGCUGUGUAGAAAGAAACUCAGCUAUGCAGAAGUUCUGGAGCACACACUUGCUCAUCCAGGAGAACACUUAGAAGAUGACGAUCCAUUACUGAAAGUGGGAUUUACAAUGCAGAAAGUUCGAAAGGCAAAUAAUGAAGACAGCUUUAGCUAUGAGCAUCAUUGGUUCCCGAAUGAAAUUGUUCAAGAAUAA